AUGAAGCUCCUCUACCCCACGUCCCUCAAGCUCAACGUCCAGAGCAUCGAGGGCUUCUCCGCCUCGCUGCACGCCUACGACGUCAAGAAGCCCAUCCCGGACGACCUCAUCGACGCCGACGUCCUCGUCACCUGGUCGAACUCGGCCGACAACCUCAAGGAUGCCGCCGCCCGCAUGACCAAGCUGCGCUGGAUCCAGUCCCUCGCCGCGGGGCCGAAUGACGUGCUCAACGCCGGCUUCGACACCUCCAAGGUCAAGGUCACCACGGGCUCCGGCCUGCACAACUUCACCGUCGCCGAGCACGCCCUCGGCCUGCUGCUCAACGCCGCCCGCCGCUUCUACGAGAUGCGCGACUACCAGCUGCAGAGCAAGUGGCCCGGCCACCUGGGCGGCUCCCAGCCCGACCGGCCCAAGGGCUCCUUCACCUCGCUGCGUGACGCCCGCGUUCUCAUCUGGGGUUACGGCAACAUCGCGAAGACGUUGACACCGCACCUCGUUGGCCUCGGCGCGACAGUGCGAGGCGUCGCCCGCCGUGCCGGAGUCCGCGAUGGCAUCGAGGUCUUUGACGAGUCUUCGCUGCCCAAGCUGCUGCCCGAGACGGACGCGCUUGUCAUGAUCCUACCGGGAUCCGAGUCCACGCGCCACGCCCUGAACCAGGAGCGCAUCAACCUCCUCCCGAACCAUGCUUGGAUCGUCAACGUGGGUCGCGGCACGUCCGUCGACGAAGACGCUUUGGCCAAUGCGCUCGAGAAGGGCGACCUUGGCGGCGCCGCCCUCGACGUCUUCGAGACCGAGCCUCUGCCCGAGAGCAGCAGGCUGUGGAAGACGCCUAACCUCGUCGUCUCGCCACAUGCCGCUGGCGGCCGGCCACAGGGCGCCGAGGCGCUGAUUGCGGACAACCUGCGGAGGUUCAUCGCGGGCCAGGACUUGCAAAACUCCAUUUGA